AAUAAAUAUUAACAGAAUCAAACUUUACAUAGAUCGAGUAUGAUCGACGAAGCUUUUAUACUCGUGUAUACAUACAACUAAUAUCGAAACAAGCUUCGUUUUUCUAGACUAUCGCAAUGCGUCUUUUUGUGCGUUUAAAUAUAAUAGACCUUUCUAUAAGGUUAGUAUCUACAUCGAAAGAAAAUAUUAAUCUUUUAUGUGUGUGUUGUAUUAUUGAGAACAUACAUAUUUACUAGAAACAUGUUAUAAACCAGUAGAGAUUUUAGUUUACGUUAAUAAAAGUUGAAGAAAAAGUUGUCUAAGAUAUAUUUAGCUUUUCUAUAUAAUUAGGAAAAUAAGAAAAAUUAAAAUAUAAUUAAUAAUUUAGAAAUAAUAAUAAAAGAAUGUGUGUGUGUAUGUAUGUGUGUGUAUAUAUAAGUAAAUUAAUCUGUAUCGAUAUAGAUUAUUAUAUAGAAACAUACAUGCUAUUCAAGUUGUAAAAAAACUUCAGUCUCCCACUUGAAUAUUAGUUCAUUUCCGCUUUACACCAGAUGGCGCCUCGAAAAAAGAAAUCAUGUAUUUUCUCUAUCUAGAUUGUCAUUAGACUAGAGUAGUAUUAGAACCGAGUACAUUUCGUUUGAAAUCGAAUCUGUCUGUCCGGAUUUUAUAUAAACAACAAAUUUACUAUAUAUUGCAAAUGAUUAGUUUAUGAGUUACUAUGUUUAUUUGAUAAUAAUUAUAUGUACAUUAUUUAUUUCAUUUUCAAUUUAAUGUUUGAUACCAUUUUCUUAUUUGUCGUAAAUACAACAUACAUUCGCUUCAACUUUUUUGUUAAAAUAAAAAAAAUAUCACAAAUAAAUAAUUUGUGAUAAUAUAUUUAAUAUUAUUUAUAUAGUGUAUUAUUACAUAUACAUUACAGUAAUGGUGGAAACAGCAUGUGAUCCUACAAUUGAAAGACACUUAAAAGGUCAUAAAGAUGCAAUUACUGGUCUCCAUUUUCAUCCUACUAAUAAUCAAUUAGUAUCUAGUAGUAUGGAUAAAACUUUGAUGUUAUGGAAUUUUACGGAUUCAAUUAGAGGAUAUAAAUUAAAGGCGCAUAAAGAUUCUGUGUUAGAUGUUAGCUAUGCCCCUUCUGGAGAAAUCAUAGCUAGUGCAUCAAGAGAUCGUUCCAUAAGAAUAUGGAUACCUAGAAUAACAGGACAAUCUGUAGAUUUCAAAGCACAUUCAGGAGCUGUAAGCUCAUUACAUUUCUGUCCUAAUGGAGAACGGUUACUCAGUACAUCACAUGAUAAAAUUUGUAAAUUGUGGAUGUUGUGUAAAAGAAAAUUUCUUUUAUCGUUUAAUGGACAUACAAAUUGGGUCAGAUGUGCUAAGUUUUCUCCUGAUGGUAGGCUUAUAAUAUCAUGUAGUGAUGACAAGACUAUUAAAUUAUGGGAUGUCUCUACUGGAAGAUGUAUUAAAACUAUUAAUGAAGUUAAAGCUCCUGCUGUAUAUGUGGAGUUCCAUCCAAGUGGCGGUGUUAUUGGAUCAGCUAAUAUAGGUGGCUAUGUAAAAUUAUAUGAUCUAAGAACAGGCUCAUUGUAUCAACAUUAUGCUGUUCACAAAGGUCCUGUACAUGUUGCAAAAUUUCAUCCAAAAGGAAAUUUUAUGUUAACUGCUUCAGAAGAUACUACUAUGAAAGUUUUAGAUUUAUUGGAAGGCCGUCCAAUUUAUACCCUUAAAGGACAUAAUAGUGCUGUUACAUCAAUUGCGUUUUCUCUUAAUGGAGAUUACUUUGCAUCAGGUGGUGCUGAUUUUCAGCUUUUAACAUGGAAGACUAAUUUUGAUAAAGAUGAUAAGAAUAGAAAAGUUCCUCGAAUGUUAGUGCCACCUAUGCAAGAUAUAAAAUAUAAGGAUAGAUUGUUAAGUGAAACAGAUAUUCAUGAAGAAAUGGAAGAAUAUGAAGAACAACAAGAGUUAUUAUUAUCAUCACUGGAUUCUGUGAAAUCUAAAUCUGAUACAAAAAUUUGUAAAGGAUUUAUUCCUAAAUUACCAAAUGAAGAUGUACAAGUUGAAGUGAUUAAUUUGAAAAAGCAGAAAGAACUUAAGAAAGACAGGGAACAAGAUUCUUUAUGUAUUGCAGAUAAAGUACCUGAUUCGCGUUCUAGUCAAAGCAUUAAUAUAAUUGAAAUGCUAAAUGAACAAGUAGAAUCACUACGAAAUACUAUUCAUAUAUUAGAACAACGAUUAAGUGCAGUCGAAAAAGAAUUGAAAUAUAAAUAAAUAUAAUCAAAAUAAUUUAUAUAAAAUAAAAUAAGUUUAUUACAAGUUAGUAAAUAUAAUCUCACAUCAUUUAUAUUAUUCAUAUAAAAUAAGUAAUACUUCUCUUCUUUCUCUUUCUCUCUCUCAAAGUACAUAAUUCCUUAUCAUGUCUGAACAUUUUAUAAAAUUUCUAGAUCUAAAAACACAAUUUCCUGAAAAUUGAAUAAUCAACUAAGAUAUUCAAGGACUAAUUAAAUUAAUGACUAGCACCUUUCUCUAAAAUUUGUUUUCGAUGAGUCAGAAAUUAUAGGUUACAUGAGCAUUUUUGGACAGUUCGAAUUAUAAAAAAUUAAAAAAUUUUUAUAUUAUUUAUAUUAAAAACUUUGACAUAUUAAUGAAGAUUUUCAUGAUUUAUCUUGAUCAAUUUAGUUACCUAAUCUUUAUAAAAAUAAGAAGGUAAACAAACUUCAAGCAUAAUAAA